CUCUGACCAGGGAUUAAAUGUAUAGAGGACGGCUUUCUUUACAAGAAGUCAAGAACAGAACCAUACCGACCAUUUCCAUUUUAUUCCAAUUAGGGCGAUAAACCCUAAACCUCAAAUAUUUAGAAACCCUAAUUGGAUUACAUUUCGCAUGCAUUGCCCAACCUAAGCAUCGCAUGGCAUCUUCAGAGAUCGAGGUUGUAUCAUCACAAACCAAAACGCAGCCCCAGCAAAGUCCCAGCAAUGGCGCACCUCCUGUGAUAGAUGUUUUCUCAGCUUCUGCUUAUGGAGAUUUCGAGAAAUUGAGAAAAUUUGUUGAACAAGACGGUGCUUCUCUCUCUAUUGCCGAUGGUAAUGGGUAUUACGCUCUUCAAUGGGCUGCUCUCAACAACUUCCCUGAUAUUGCACAAUACAUUAUUGAGCAUGGGGGUGAUGUGAAUGCAACCGAUAAUAUGCAGCAGACAGCUUUGCAUUGGGCUGCAGUUAGGGGUUCAAUUUCUGUAGCAGAUGUGUUGGUGCAAAAUGGGGCUCGAGUUGAGGCAGCUGAUUUAAAUGGUUAUCGGGCAGUUCAUGUUGCUGCUCAGUAUGGACAGACAGCUUUCUUAAAUCUCAUUGUUGCUAAGUAUCAUGCGGAUUUUGAUGCACCAGAUAAUGAUGGAAGAAGCCCUCUUCACUGGGCUGCAUACAAGGGUUAUGCUGACACCGUAAGAUUACUUCUAUUUAGAGAUGCAAGGCAAGGAAGACAAGAUAAAGAAGGUUGCACCCCUUUGCACUGGGCUGCAUUAAGAGGAAAUGUUGAGGCAAGUUCUGUGCUUGUACAGGCUGGCACAAAGCUGGAACUGACAGUAAAAGAUAAAGCUGGCCUUACUCCAGUUGAGAUUGCAUCUGAUAAAGGUCAUCGGCAUGUCGCCCUUUUCCUUUCUAAUGCACAACAGAAACAAAACAAACGCUGGUUUGACAAAAUUGGCCUUGGGAAGAUUGGGGACACUGGUUAUGCUCCUAUCUUAUUCUCCAUUGUGAUUGCUCUUAUGUUCCUCUUCAUCAACUCAGUUCUUUCAGCUCCAAAUCUUCCCAAGGUAACUGCUGUUGUUGGACUUUGGGGAUUUACUGCUCUUUCUCUAGCUGUCGUUUCACUGAUUAUGUUCUACAGGUGUAGUAGAGAUCCAGGUUUCAUCAAGAGACUUGAAGAUUUGGGUAAAGAUGCAGAUAUCGAGGAUCCUUUAUUAAAUAUUGAUCUGAACUACUCCUCUAUAUGGAUGGGGAAUUGGUCUCAACUUUGCCCUACCUGCAAGAUAAUUAGACCUGUUCGCUCCAAGCAUUGCUCUACGUGUAAGCGUUGUGUUGAGCAGUUUGACCAUCACUGCCCAUGGAUAUCUAAUUGUGUGGGGAAGAGGAAUAAACGGGAUUUCUUUAUUUUUUUAUGCUUGGGAACUUUGACGUCAUUCCUUAGCGCUGCCAUUGCAGUUCAAAGGAUUCGGACUGCCAUGCAGUUACUGCAUACUGAAAGAUGGAUGCAUUACGUGGUAGUUCAACAUCUUGGUGUUGUUGCCUUUUUGGUAUUGGACAUGAUUAUUUUCGUUGCUGCAACAACUUUAACCACAGCACAAGCAUCACAGAUUGCUCGGAACAUCACCACCAACGAACUGGCAAAUGCCAUUCGAUAUGGGUAUCUGCGUGGUCCGGAUGGACGAUUUCGAAAUCCAUAUAACCAUGGAUGCCGAAAGAAUUGUGCAGAUUUCAUCAUCCAGGGCUACACAGAUGAUGAUGAAAUUGCUUGGCCACCAUUACAGCAGGUUGCCAGCUAGAACUAAUGCGAGCGAAAAUUCUGCUUUUUGCUAGGUGAAAUAACCUUUGUAACUUGCCAAGACCCAUGUAGUUUUGUGCAUAUCUAAAUUCAUGUUCAUAUGUAAACUUUGUUCAUAUAGGUAACACAAUGAUCAUUCUAUGUACAUUCAAUGCCAUGAAAUAGAAAUACAUACCAAAACAUUCAAUUUUCCUCCAUUUUCAUGUUGUAUCGUUUAUUAAGAAUUGUGGAAGAGAUGUAUUCCCAUCUUUAACAGGAGCUAUCCAUUAACAAUACACCUAUGAAUUGCAGUGA